GUGAUUAGCCGCGUGGUUUUCUGUUGCAGCCUCCGGGCUGCAGGGGGCGCCGGAGAAAUCCUGGGAAAUAUCUCGGAAGUCAAUACCACGUGAAGGAUGUUUGACUUGUUUUCACCGGUGCAUUGCUGUGCAGGCACACAAAUGUGUCGGUCUGUUUUUAUUUAAGACAUUGUGGGAAAUGUGGAGGUGUUUCAUUGUGACGUUAUGCGAUAACUUGCCGUCACUAUGCCAGCAACAAACAGAAAAGCGCAGAAGAAGGGGAGGGACACCGCCGUGCAGGGAACCAAUGACAGCAGUGUGGUGAGCAAAGUGUCUGCUGCAGCACAGGGCUACUUCAACGACGUCUUCCUUCAACACUUUGUGUGCAAAGUGGCCAGGAGAGCGCCGCUUAUCAACAGGGGCUAUUAUGUGCGCUGGAAAGCUGUGGACCACUGUGUGAGGAAAUUCCUUCAGAUUACAGAAAAAUGCCCUAAAAGACAGGUAAGCUCUGGGCUGGACUGGGCUGCCCCUACCCUGAUUCUUUCUGAAGUGGUGCUCACCUACAUGGAAACAAAAUGGUCUGAUGCCAUCAUUGGUUGGGCAGCAAAGCUCCUGCCACAGUCUCUCUUUGUUAUGUAUGAGCAGAUCCAUCCGCACGAUCCCUUUGGUCAGAUCAUGCAGGAGCAUUUCCAGAAACUCAAUUCAACUCUGCAUGCACUUCGACAAUACCCAGACACCGCCGCACAAAGGCACCGCUUCCUGGACAAGGGCUGGGAGGAGUGCGUGUGCCUGGAUAUGAAUAAUUUCCUCUUCGGGCUGGUCCCUGAGGAGGAGAGAUGCAGAUUGGAGAGCCUGGAGCCUUUUGAUGAAUAUGAGGAGUGGCACCAAAAAUGUUCCCAUUACUUCAUCCUUACUGCAUCUCGAGGCUCUUUGAUGGCACAGGCUUUACUCCCUCGAGCUCCAGAAUCUCCUGUGCCAUCUGUUGGCCCUUCUUGGAGCACAACAGCCCUGAGUGUUCGGACCACACCGGUAUGCGUGGAGGGGCUGGGGAUGGCUUCUGCGUCAGUGAGGCCAGGGUGGGUCCUGCUAACAGGAGGCUCCAGCAGAGGAGGCAGAAGAGCAGCGAUCAGACUCCUGCUCAGAGAACAGGAAGGCUGGAGGUCCGUCAGUGUGGAGCCAUCAGCAGAUGUUGGUGUGCGACUUUACCACACAGUUACCCCUAUACCUGGAGUGGGUGCUGUGGUAUUUGGAGGUCGCUCCUCUCCACUCAACCCGGUCAGAAGCCUUUUCAAAAUGACCUUUAGCCUCUGUGGUGCUCUGGAGUCAGGGGGCCAAGAUGCACCGAAGCUUUGUAUGGAGGAGAUGAUGUGUACAGGCAGUCCACCACCGCCAAGAUGGAGGCACUCUGCUACCCUAACCAGACACAGAGGCAGAGAGUUUGUGUUUGUGUUUGGUGGAAAGAACCAAUCAGGGGCCGUUUUGGGUGACGGAUACUUCCUGAGUGUCGACCAGCAGCACUGGACUGAGAUCCCAGUAGAGGGCGUAGCACCAGAGGCUCGUCACUCUCACUCUGCAUGCUCAUAUAAAGGUGGUGGUGUGGUGUUUGGAGGGCUGAGCAGAGCAGGAGUGCCCCUGGAUGACACGGUAAUACUGACACAAACUGAAAGAGGCUUCUGCUGGGAGAGAAUAGAUGUACAGCCCCCUCCUGUACCCAGAUACUCUCACUGUGCCCAUGUGAGUGGUGAGAAGCUGGUUGUGGUAGGUGGAGUCUGGCUGCAUUCAGACGGCGUGCCAGGCGUUGUUGUGAUCAACAUCACCACGUGCAGCAGUAUGGAGUACAGUCUGGACACGACCUCAGUGCCCUGGCCUCUGAUGCUCCACUCAUUUUGCUCUGAGAUGACGGACUCAGAAGAUCCAGAGCUGCUCUUGAUAGGUGGAGGAGGAAACUGUUUCUCUUUUGGGACUCACUGGAACCCUCAGCCUGUCACUGUGGACCUCAAACUCAUGCUGGGCUGAAUCAGCCUUGAGUAUUUCCAAAAUAAAGUACCAAAAGGUGGACUUAUGUCAAGUCUGUUGAAGGGUCCAGACAAGUGCCUGCUUCUUAUUGUAAUUUUCAUAAUUAUAUAAGAAAACCUCUCAUAUUGACUGAGCAGCAACCUCCAGGGUGCCGAAGCAGAAGUGCCCGAAACUGUAGUUCCUCUAGUGGCCACUCGAGGCAGAGACUCCCAUAUUAUAAUGUUCAACUUUACAGCAGAAAUAAACAUUUCUACAACCUGUUCCGGAGAUAUGUUUUGUCUUUAUAACUUAUUUCUUCCUUUAACUAUACAGACCCCUUAUAUAAUUUAAGGGGUUUCAAGGCUGUGGCUGUGACUGACUUGCCCGUAGCUGCUAGCUGUCAACAAGGUGUCAGCCCAACUAAUUCCAGUCUUUGCCUUGAGAAGCCUUUUCAGUGCACUUAUACUUGAAAGUGGACUUAUGUCAAGUCUUUAUCCUGUCUUCCUUCUCUCACCCCAACCGGUCACAGCAGAU